UGGUGUUCUUCUGACUCUGUCUGUGGUGUCUCCAGUCAUGGAAUCAGACAUCACUUUAGGGUUUGAGCUCUGAUUCUCUCAGGAAUCAUCGGAUCUGAUGGGACAUUUAAGGAUGGUUUUCCCUGAUGUCUCAUAUUCACUGCUGUUGUUGGGAAUCUCGUGUCUGACUGGCUUCACUAAAACUUCACAGGACUUCUCAGGUUAUCUGUCACGUGUUCUGAGGAAUUACACUGAACAGGCGUGUGACGGAGAAUUCUUGACUGUUCGCUGCCCACCCAGAACCUCAAUCACCGUCCAAUCAGCUUUCUACAGCAUAACAGGCCCCGCCCACUCACCUCAGUGCCCAAACCCUUACAGCAGUGCUGGACCACGCUCAGUGCAUGACAUCACUUCCUGUCAUGUGUCCACAUCCUUGCAGAAGAUGCUGGAUGAAUGUGAGGACAGGCGGAGAUGUCAGGUUCUUGUCAACAGUCGUUUGUUUGGGACAGACCCCUGUCCCACCGUCAACAAAUACCUCAGUGUGCGGUACAAGUGCAGGCCGAGUGAGUAUAAGAGUAAAGUGGUGUGUGAAGGCGAGCGCUUGCGGUUGGGCUGUAAGACCGGGAUGCAAAUCGUGGUUUAUUCGGCCAUGUUUGGCCGCACACAGCAGGGAACACUGGAGUGUCCUCCACACCACCGGAGGGCACCAUCUGUCGACUGCUCAUCAGAUGUGGCUCUGCAGGUGAUGACAUCACGUUGCCAGGGGAAACGCUCCUGUGUGGUCCGUGCCUCGACACAAGAGUUCGGUGACCCCUGUUACCACGGCACCCGCAAAUACCUCAGCGUCAUACACACCUGCGUCCCAAAGAAACUGCUGCAGGAGUCAGUUUCCAGGCAUCCAUCCUUCCCAUCUCCUCCAUCUGUGCCUCAUGAUCCCAACGUGGUGGGAGACAGCGCUCCUCCUGACGGGACCCCAUCUCUGACCUCGGACUCUGCACCAGGGAGGUCGACACGAGGACGGAGUUCUGGUCCGUAUUCAGAAGAGACGGAUCAGUCUGGAGAAAGUGAUCCGAACCCAACCAUCUCCAGCGUGAUCAGACCAGCCAUGGCCCUCAUCAGCAGCAUGCUGGUGGCCUACACCUACAUCACAGAGCACCCGGAGCGCUGUGCGCUGUAUUUCAUGUGUGGCAUCUGUGCCGGUCUGUUCCUCACGCUCUUCGCACUGGUGGUUCAGAUUUCCUGUCGUACAGACUGUAAACCUCGUCACACCGUCGUUAAGAAGCGCCAGAGACCCGCAGACUCCGACAGCGACACCAGCGACUCUGAUUCAGACUGGGACUCGAGCUCGGACCUCUCGGCCCGACGGCACCGGCGCUUCGAACGCAUGCUCAACACAAACGUCUUCACGUCAGCAGAGGAGCUGGAGCGAGCGCAGCGACUGGAGGAGAGAGAGCGAAUCAUACGGGAAAUCUGGAUGAACGGACAGCCGGACGUCCCAGGAACCCGCAGCCUGAAUCACUACUACUAGAGCACCGCCUCCCAUCAGACAAGAUGGGAAGCUGAAGCAGUAGUGUGGCAUUAAACGGUGUAUUUGCAGUGGAAAUAAGCUCGUGGUUUAUUCAUGAGGUGAAAGGUCAAAUGCUGCUGACAAGUCAGAUUUGGGAAUAUUCUUACCUGAUGUCUUGAAGUUGGACAUUUUCUGCAGCGUGCAGCUAAAGCUACGGCUCAUGGGAGAUGUGGUUGAGUUGAAAGGAGUCUAUAGGCAGCUCGGAGAGGCGUGAUAAGCUCUAAGCACUGUGAUUGGUCCUUCACUCUGCCUGUCAAACAGUGAGGACCGCCUUCUGUAGAGAGAGAGAGACCUGAGCAAAUUAAGUGCCUUUCAGUUUGAUCUGACAAAUACACAUGUACAGUACAGUGGGACUAAAACAUAUUUGGACACUUAUAAAUAUCUGAAUGUCAUUGCAUUAGGAAACAAAUAGAACAAACCUAGCUGCGACUGCAAGAAAAUGAUGCUGGAGCUUCACUUUUCUGCAUCGGUUUUGCUUAAUGACCUUUAAUUUCCUCCACAGUGCCACAUUUAUUUUUUUGGUAACACUUUACAAUGAGGUUGCAUUUGAUAACAUGAACUAACAAUAAAAAAAUACUUUUAAAGUUUAGUGAAUUCAAAAGUUCUAUGUUUGUAUUUAAACCUGAGGUAUACAAGCCUUUUUCAGCCAUGGGAUAAAAAAUAAAAUAAUGAAAUAAAGGUAAUUUGUGUUUUAUCUAAUCUUGUAAUUCCUUUUUCUUAGAAUUCUUUACAUUUUGCAGUUUUCCCCCCUCACCACAGAAUAAAAAACCGGAUAAUAAUUGUGACUUUUAAGCUCACAAUUAAAAAAAAAAAAAAAAAAGAUGUAAACUCAAAAUUAUGAUUUUUUUUUUCUUCACAAUUUAAUAUCUUGUAGUUGUCAAUGAAGAUAAAAAGUGGUAAUUACCUUUUUAUUUUUUUAUCCCAUGCUGGGAACAAGCUUCCAUAAACAUAAAUAAACAGUAUUUUUAUCAAAUGUUUUAAAAAGUUAAGAAAUACUCCAACAAAUGUAUUGCACAUUUUUAGUUAAUUUGACCUGAUUGUAAAGUGUUACCUUUUUUUUUUCAUUUUUAACACUAAAUUAUUUAUUUAUUAUACCUAACAGACUUAUUUUGAUGAUUUGCUGAAAGUCUGCUUGCUGUGCUUUCUUCAAAAAUAAAUGCAACUUGGUUUGAUAUUUUAUUUUCUA